AUGGAUUCAGUAGCCCAGACUGGGGCAACCCGGUCGUCGGCCCCGCGAGUUCGGCUCACCUGUGAGGCAUGUCGCCAGCGCAAGGUGAAAUGCGAUAAGCUCAGUCCUUGUUCUAGCUGUCAGCGACUUGGCCUCGUAUGUGUUCCUGUGGAGCGGGCCCGUCUACCUCGAGGCCGCACGCGAAAACCCACCGAGCGGAUCAUAAGCUCGGACAAAGAACUAUCCGAGCGGGUAGCGAAACUUGAGAAGCUCCUCAAAAGAGUAGCCAGUGAACGUACUGGUUCUGAGGAGCAGAUGCCAACAUCAGUUUCAUCGGCAGCUCCAGUUUCAACAGCAAGCGAGCUCUGUUCUACCCAACCAAACCAGGAUCAUGAUUGGCAAGAGGACAAACAUGUCACUGGGUCCGGAAACGCCUAUAUGCCAGUCUCAUUUUGGGAGGAUAUUAUACAGCAGACUCAAGAUUUGCGCAGCGUUCUUGACUGCCGUUUAGAAAUUGAAAACAAUGAGUCUAGGGAUUCAACCGCUGUUUUUGGAACAUCAAUUGUGAGCUCAGAAAUACCGGAGAGUGUAUCGAAUCUACCAGCAACAAAAGGGGUGGCUCUUCAACCCCACACUCAACACAAGUUAUGUGACGCUUUUUUCCAUAACGUCGAUCCUCUCUUCAAAAUACUGCAUCGACCUUCAUUGGAAGCGUUUAUUAAAGAAGGCCAGCCGUAUCUCAACUAUGAACAAGGCCACCAGGCGCCAAAUACCCUUGCGUCGGCUGUUUAUCUUGCCGCUGUGUGUACUCUUGACAACACAGAAUGCCAAUCAUUGUUCAAUACGGAUAAAAAGUCCCUUGUCGUGGAAUUCCAAAAGGAGAGUGAAGCUGCGCUUGCCAAGGCUGACUUUGUGACGACUAAUGAUAUCACUGUUUUACAGGCCUAUAUUAUCUCCUUGCUCGCUGCGCGAUCCCAAGGCCAAAGCAGAAGAGUAUGGACUAUGUUGGCCAUGGCCCUUCGAGUGGGCCAGGCAUUGUCACUACAUACGCCCACCCCACCUUUCAAAGUACGCCCGUUCGAACAUGAGAUGCGUAGACGUGCCUGGCUAGGCAUUGGGCUACUUGAUGUAGCGGCCUCUCUCGACAGAGCAUCCGAACCCAUGAUGCAGGCAGCAUGGCUCGACUACCACCCACCGUCAAACAUCAACGAUGAAGACAUUUGGUUUGAAAUGCCGGAACUGCCCCGGCAGCACCCCAAAGGAACAUUCACAGAUAUGACACACACAUUGGUGAUCGCAGCGUCCGCCUCUGUGACUCGCUCCCUCGCGUUUGCGGACUUGAUGGAACCCACAGUGAAGAUCAUUGGCCAGCGAAAACAGAUCGUUAAGGACUUCCAGGACAAGGCCUCCGAUCUUCUAAGCGGAUGCAGACCCGAUCUAUCGGAUUUCCAGUGGUACGCCCAGAAGGCCGCCCGUGCCAUUGGCAGUUGGCUCCAACUAGCAAGUAUUCGCCCAAUGCAGCGCAACAGGAACUUUACACCCCCGAAAGUCCAUGGCGACGCUCUUCUCAAGAUUGCAGCCGAGAACCUCGAGUGGUCACAAGUGGCAUACGACCACCCCGGGGCCGAAGCUUGGCGGUGGUACGGAUCCAUGUGGGUCCCAUGGCAUGUAUUGGCUGUUGCAAUUGCCGAGCUGUGCGUGUGCAAAGACCUGUCCAUCGUGUUAAAGUAUUGGGGUGUCGUAGACACUGCCUACCAGCGAUCUCGGAUCGUCGUCGCAGACUCGCAGGAGGAAAUGCUCUGGAAGCCCAUGGAGAGGCUCAUGUCACAAGCAAUUGUGCGGAAGAACGAGCUUAUUGACUCGGAUGCAUCUCAACAAAAGUUAUCCCAGCAACCUCAGUAUGCCUUCAGCGGCAUGUCUUCGGGUCUGGAUCUGCAUCAACAUCAAGAACAACCAUUUGCAGGGUUCUCACUCGAGUUGGAAGAAGCCAUUAACCAACCGCGCAACAGCCAUAUUGCAGAAGUACCAACUUCCUUUGCACCAGUGCCAUGGACCAAUGUGUGGGAUGCAAUGGAUCUCACCAGCUCCAAUUUACAAGGAAGCUCUGAUGAUAAUGCUUGGUUGAGCUACGAGACCUUCAUGAACAGUGUCUACGACUAUGAGCAUUCCCCUUUCUUGCCACGGUAA